AUCCCGAGCCUAGAACACGCUCGGCACUCCCUGCCCCACCCUUCCGUGACGCGCUCAUUCUCGCAUUCUGAGAGGCUAACGCUCGCGGCCGCUGCUGGUUGCCGUGGUGACAGAAAGCGCGGGAAUUACAGAUAAGUUGGAACUGCGGCGCGGCGUGAGUUCUCAGAGACUUUCCGGGCGGAACACAGCCGUGGUUUUUCUCAGAUAACUGGGACCCCGGGCGUGGGGAACCCGGACGCUGUGCUCACGUUAAAUGGAACAUAAAGAAAUGGAUUUAUCAGCGGUUCGAGUUGAAGAAGUACAAAGUGUCCUUAAUGCUAUGCAGAAAAUCUUAGAGUGUCCAAUCUGCAGGAAACCAGUCUUGGGAUCCAGCUGUCUGACCUUGGAAUCAUGGGGUCUCUGAGGACCAGGCAGCAGACGCAGCCUCAAAAUAAAUCUGUCUACAUUGAAUUGGGGUCGGAUUCCUCUGAAGACACAGUUAACAAGGCGUAUUACUGCAGUAUGAGAGACCGAGAAUUGUUAUUAUUCACCCCGCAAGGAACCAAGGCUGAAGCCAGUUCAGAUUCUACAAAGCAAAGUAAUGCUACUUGUGAGGUUUCUGAGAAGGGCAUCACAGACACCAACUGUCCGCAGCCCAGCAGGAAAGUUGAGAACGCUGUCAAGGAGCGUGCCGCCAAGAGGCAGCCAGAAAGGCAUCAGGGCGGCUCUGUUUCAGACUUGCGUGUAGAGCCAUGUGGCACCAAGACUCGCGCCAGCUCAUUACAGCGUGCAAACAGCCGUUUAUUACUCACAGAAGACAGAAUGGAUGUAGAAAAGGCUGAAUUCCGUAAUAAAAGCAAGCAGCCUGGGCCCAGAAGGAGCCAGCAGAGCAGAUGGGCCAAGAGCAAGGGGAGCUGUGCCAACAGGCAGACUCCCAGAACAGAGCAGGAGGCAGAGCGGAUCGCUGAGCCCCUCCAUGAGAGGGAGGAACAGAAAAAGCAGAAACCUCCGUGCUCAGAGGACCUCAGAGAGACCCAGGAUGUUCCUUGGAUCACACUAAAUAGCAGCAUUCAGAAAGUUAAUGAGUGGUUUUCCAGAAGUGACGAAAUGGUGACUUUUGACGAUGCCUGUGACAGGGAGUCAGAACCAGAUGCUGAAGAAGCUGGUGCGUUAGAAGAUCCAAAAGACCUAGAUGACCCUUCUGGCUCUUCAGUGAAAAUAGACCUGUUGGCCAGUGAUCCUCUGAGUGUGGCAACCUGUGCCAGUGAGAGAGGCUGCCCCAGAGCAGUGAGGGGUGGCAUGGAAGAUAAAGUAUUCGGGAGAACCUACGGGAGGAAGGCGAGCCUCCCCAGCUUAAGCCACACAGCUGAAAAUCGAACGGUUCGCGCCCUUGCCGCUGAACCACCACUGACACAAAAGCGUCCCCUCACAAGUACAUUAAAGCAUAAGAGGAGAACCACGUCAUGCCUUCAUCCUGAGGAUUUUAUCAAGAAUGCAGGCUUGGCAGUUGCUGAAAACACUCCUGGAAAGAUAAAUCAGGGAACGAAGCAAACAGAAAAGAGUAGGCAAGUGACGCAUAUUCCUAAUAAUGGUCAUGAGAAUGAGACAAAAGGGGGUGAUGUUCAGAGACAGAAGAGCCCCAGCCCAGUGCAAUCACUGGAAAAAGAGUCUGCUUCCCGAACAAGAGCGGAGCCCCAGAGCAGCAGCGUGAGCAACGUGGGACUGGAAUUAAAAGUCCGCCUUUCAGAAGCACCUCGGGACAACAGGCUGAGGAGGAAGUCCUCAGCCAGGCAUGUGCCUCAGCCAAGCCCACCAGAUCACACCAAUUCUACUAGCAGUGAAGAAAUAAAGGGAAAAAAUUCCCAGCAGGUGCCGGUCAGGCAUGGCAGGAAGCUGCCCUUCACGGGGGACCUAGAAGCUUCCGCUGGAACCAAGGAAGAAAAGCCAGGCGAACAAGGAAGGAAGAGGAGCCGUGCAGGGGAGGCCAUCCCGGAACCGAGGUUGGCACCCGUGCCCAGCUCGGUUACUAACAGUUCCAGCCCUGAUAAACUUACAGAAUUUGUCCACCCAAGCCCACAGAAAGAAGAGAUAGAAGAGAACCCAGAAACACUUCAAGGGUCCGGAAGUACCAGAGACCCCAAAGAUCCAGUAUUAAGUGGAGAAAAGUGUGUGCAAACCGAGAGGUCUGCAGAGAGCACCAGCGUCUCAUUGGUCCCUGACACUGAUUGUAGCACUCAGGACAGUGUCUCCUUACUGGUGGCCGACAGCUGCAGGAGGGCACGGAGGGUGGCACAUCAGUGUGUGGCUCAGUACGUGGCAGUCACAAAGCCCGAGAAGCUUCUGCCUGCUUCUAAAGAUACUGGAGACUGCGCAGAAGGUUUUAAGGAGCCAUUGGGACGCGAAGUGAGCUGCACCCAGGGGGCAAACACAGAGAUGGAAGAUAGUGAACUGGAUACUCAGUAUUUACAGAAUACAUUCCAGUCUUCAAAGCGUCAGUCGUUUGCUCUGUUUUCAAAUCCAGGAAACACAGAAAAGGGGUAUACAACAGUCUGUGCCUACUUUGAGUCCUUUGAAAAACAAAGCCCAGAAGUCACUCCUGAAUAUGAACAACCAUGGGAAAGUCAGGGCGAGGAAGAGCCUAAGGUUAGACAUGUACAGGCAGUCGCUAGCACCACGGGCGCCCCUGUGCUCUCUCAGAAUGAUCAGCCGGGUGCCGGUGUCAAAUGUAGUGUCACCGAACUCUCAAGGCUCCAUCCAUCACAGGUCGGGGGCAACGAAGCCGAACACAUCACGGCUGACAAACAUGGAAUUUUACGAAACCUGUAUCUCAUGCCGUCAAUUUCUCCUGUCAGGUCGUUGGUUAGAAGUACAUGUAAGAAAACCUGUUCCACAUCACUGGAGGAAGCGGUAGGAAGUGAGAGCAUCCUUCAAAGCACGGGUGGCCACAGUCUCAGCCGAGCGUGCGCUGCUCAGGAAGCCAGCUCAGGCAGCGGGAACGGAGUGGGCUCCAGCACUGAUGAAGUGGGCCCCAGCAGUGAGAACAUUCAAGCACAACUAGGUAGAAACAGAGGGCCAGAACUAGACGCUGUGCUCAGGUUAGGGCUGAUGCAGCCUGAAGCCUCUAAGCAAAGCCUUCCUGUGGGUAACUGCAAACCUCCGGAAGUACAAAGGCGAGGGGAAAGUGGAGUUGCAGGUCGGGCUGUCUGCGCAGAUUUCUCUCCCUGUCGAAUUGUAGACAGCAAGGAACAGCCUGUGGGAGGGAGUCCUGCUUCUCAGAUUUGUUCUGAGACACCCGAUGGCCUGUUGGGUGAUGAGGACAGCAAGGAAGAUACCAGCCUUGCUGAAGGUGACAUUAAGGAGACUUCUGCUGUUUUUAGCAAAGGUGCCCCUAGAAGACAAUUGAGCAGGAGCCCCAGCCCUGUAACCCAUACAGCUUUCUCCCGGAGUCGCCAAAGAAGGGUGAGAAAGUUAGAGUCUUCUGAAGAGCACAUGUCCAGUGAGGACGAAGAACUUCCCUGCUUCCAACAUUUAAUAUUUGGUAAAGGAACCGAGACGCCUCAGUCAACCAGGCCCAGCACCGUUGCAACAGAGCAUGUGCCCAAGGGAACAGAGGGGAGCUUGGUGUCACUGAAAAAUGGCUCACGUGACUGCACUCACGAGCCGGCGUUGGCGAAGGUGUCCCCAGAACCUCAGCAGGGCGAAGACAUCAGAUGUUCGGGCAGCUUGUUUUCCUCCCAGUGCAGCGCCCCAGAAGACUCCGCUGCAAACACAAACUCCCAGGAUCCCUUCCUGGUGCUGCACCCUCGUGCUGAGCAAAGGGAGUGUCCCUCUGGGAGCCAGCAGGUGGUCCUGAGCGACAAGGACUCAGUCUCAGGUGGUGGAGACAGGGAAGCUGACCUUGAAGAAGACAGUCAUCACACGGGGCAGAGUGCGCGGCCACACUUAGAUGAAGCAGCGUCUGGCUCUGAGAGUGAAGCAAACUGCUCUGACGGCUGCUCGGGACUGUCCUCACAGAGCAGCAUCCUGACCACCCAGCAGAGGGACACCAUCCAGGACAACCUGCUCAAGCUGCAGCAGGAAAUGGCCCACCUGGAAGCCGUGUUGGAGCGGCAUGGAAGCCCACACUCCGGCACCUCUGCCUCCAUCGUGCUGGACUCUUGCCCUCUUGAGGAGCUGCCGACCCCGGGAUGCCACAUAGCAGCAAAAGCAGGAUUAACCGCAGAGGGAAGCAACGAAUACCCUGGAAGCCACAGUCCCCCAGCCCUCUCUGCCGACGUGUACCAAGUGUCUCCAGAUUGUCCCACCAGUGAACAUGAGCCAGGAGCAGCAGGGGCGUCGCCUCCCAAGUCCCUCGUGGCUGACGGCAGGUGGUCCACACACAGCGAGCCCAGGGGCCUUCGGGACAGAGGCUGCCCAGCUCCGGAGCAGCUGAUGGACGCUGCCAGUGUGGAAGAGGAGGAACUGGGGGAGUCAGGGCCACAGCGUCCAGCUGCACCGGCUCAUCUGCCAAGCCAGGAACCAGUGGGCACCUCUGACCCAGAAUCUGGAAACGGCCUCUUCUCAGACAACCCGGAACCUGAGGCCCCUGAAGAUGGAGGCCCAGGGCCAGCUCCCACUUGCGGGGCACCAGCGUCAACCUCAGCAUUGAAAUUAUCCCUGGUCCAAGUUGCACCACAUGGCAGCAGUCCAGCUGCUGCUCAGACUUCUAACCCUGCCAGCGGAGCUUCGAGAGAAGGAGGUGUGAGCAGAGAGGAGCUGGUCCACAGGAGAGUGUCCAUGGUGGUGUCAGGCCUGACCUCCAGGGAGUGGAUGCUGGCGCAGAAGUUUGCCAGAAAAUACCACAUGCGGCUGAGCGGGCUGGUCACUGAGGAGACCACCCACGUGGUCAUGAAGACAGAUGCUGACUUGGUCUGCGAACGGACACUGAAGUACUUUCUGGGAAUCGCAGGAGGAAAAUGGGUGGUUAGCUAUUUCUGGGUGACGCAGUCAAUGAAGGAGAGGAGGGUGCUGGACGAGCGCAGUUUUGAAGUCAGAGGAGAUGUGGUCAACGGAAGAAACCACCAAGGUCCAAGGCGUGCAAGGGAGUCCGAGGACAGGAAGAUCUUCAGUGGCCUGGACGUCUGCUGCUUUGGGCCCUUCACCAACAUGCCCACAGAUCAGCUCGAGUGGAUGCUGCGGCUGUGCGGGGCAACUGUGGUCAGGGAGCCCUCCUCGCUGCCCCUCGGCGCCCAGGGAGCUCACCCCAUCGUGGUCGUGCAGCCAGACGCCUGGACAGAGGACAGCGGCUUCCUUGCCCUAGAACAGCUGCGCCAGGUGCCAGUGGUGACCAGAGAGUGGGUGCUGGACAGCGUGGCCCUCCACCAGCGCCAGGAGCUGGACGCCUACCUUGUCCCGUGGGGCCCCCACGGACCCUGCUGCCUCCGGCCGCCCUCGGCUCUGGGGCCACAGGACCCAGAGGAUGUGCUUCAGAAGUGGCCUUGUCCGGGUGCAGUGUCCCUGCCGUAGGCCUGUCGCCCCAGAACCCUGGGAGGCUUGAGGCAGGAGCAUUGCAAGCGCUGGUCCACCAGGCAACUUGGUGCGUGCGGUCCCAAACUGCGAAGAGGGGCUGGGGCUGCGGGUCAGAGCGAAGGCGCUGGCUCAGCCCCCGAGGAGGCGGGCAAGAGCGGGCUCUGCAGGCCGGGGAGCCCCGCCCGCUCCAGCCCUGGUUCCAGUCGUCUGCACAGCGGCCUGCAGAGCUUCCCGCUACGCGGGGCUCCCUAAAAGAUUGCCUGCUUCAGGGGCUGGGGAUUUAGCUCAGCGGCAAAGCGCCUGCCUGGCAAGCGCAAGGUUGUGAGUUCGGUUCCCAGUACCGGAGAAAAACCAAAAAAAAAAAAAAAAAAAGAUUGCCUGCUUCAAAGGUCCCUGUGAAGUCCCUGCAGAAUGUGGUCCCUUCUCACCUGGAAGGCAUUCAGAACCGCUUGACCCCACAAGUGAGCAAGAGGCUGACUCCUCGCUUGUCCCCGGCUGAGGCGGAGCAGCAGGGACCCGGGUUCGUCCAGACCUGGGGGCACGUGGGAGGGGCUGGGGACCUGCCGGGACCUGCGAUAGGGGCCGUCCCUGGGCAGCUCGCGGUGUGGGCGGAAGCAGUGGGGGAGGCGCGAACGGAGCUGAGCUUGGCUCAGUUAAUUAGAGGGGCCUCGUGAGUCGCACCAGGGUCCAGGGAGAGCCCUCUGACCAGCCCUCCGAAAGCCUUGGCUCUCACGCAGGUGUUUCAUGGUGCCAGUGCGGGUGCCGGGCCCACCCGGAGGGAGCUGGCACUUUCUCUGAGGCAGUUCCUUCCCCCUUGCUCCCUGUUGCUGAGCAGUAGAGCUUCAUAAAUAAUUUUGCUGAAGGAAGAGAAAGAGAUUUUUUAUAAACUCCUUACCCGGAAGCAUUCCGGCUGUGGGAAGAACUGGGUCUUGCCUAGCCCUGGUGUACAGCCUGGACCUGACUGUGUAAAACGUGUGUAAAUAUUAUGCUUUUAACACUGCAAAUAAACGUGGCAGCAAACACUUCCA